AUAUAAAUUAAAAAGGAAAAGAAAGAAAUGUUCAAGCUAAUCAUGAAAGGUUCGUCAAAGACGAAUAAACAUGAAAAUGACUUCACCUACGCAGUGCAAGUGACUCGCGUUAUCCUGCGAAUGAUCGGCGCGUGGCCACUUUCCAAUUAUGUUUCCAACGUGGAAAGAAUCGCGACCCGCCUACAAAACAUUUGUUGCUACUUUUUAUUCGCGUUUACGAUCAUACCGGGUUUCCUGCUGAUGUUUCUAAAGGAACGCGACUCCAAACGAAAAGUGAAAUUACUCGCGCCACUUCUCAAUUCUUGGGCGAGUUGCGUGAAGUACAGCCUGCUCGUGUAUCACGCGAGAGAGAUUCAAUCUUGCCUGAAGCAGGUGCGACAGGAUUGGAUGAAUACAGUCGAUCUGAACAGUCGAGAAGCAAUGUUAUCUAAUGCAAAAGUAGGCCGCCAGUUCGCGAUCGUUUCUGCCAUUUUCAUGUACAUCAGCGGAUUGUUUUUCCGCGUCAUCGUGCCACUCUCGAAAGGACGAAUGCUCACGCCGAUGAACACCACGGUGAGAGCGUUGCCAUGCCCGAGUUACUUUGUUAAAUUCAAUGAACAGGCCUCACCGGCGUACGAGAUCGUCUUCAUCCUGCAAUUCUUCGCAGGACUAAUCACCUACUCGGUAACGGUCGGCGUUGCCGGACUGGCUGCAUUUUUCGUUAUGCACGUUUGCGGACAAUUAAGCGUUUUAAUUGGCAAGCUCCAAUGUAUCAAUAAUAUGCUGGAACCCGAGGAUCGAACUAUCACGAUAUUGCUGGCUGAUAUCGUAGAGCAUCAUAUAAGAGUGAAAGGUUUUCUAAAACAAGUAGAGGAAACUAUGCGAUUUGUAUGGUUAUCAGAAAUAGUGAGCUCUACUAUAGUUUUGUGUCUUACGGGGUACUACAUUAUUAUGGUAAUCACAAUGAAUAAUUUUCGCGACUUUAUUUCUACAUAAUGAUUUGACUUCGAAAUUUAAAUUAUUAUUAUUAGUAAUAAUUAGUUAAACUUUAAAGUUAAAUAAUAUUAAAUUGAUAUUUAACUAAAUUAAAAUAGUAUUUAUCAAAUAUUACUAUUUCAAAAGUUUCUUGCAAUAGUGUUGACUUUAUAGGAAUGGGAAAAUAAUAAUUCUACAGCAACGUUUAGUUAUUCUGUGAUGCUGGUAUCUUUGACUUUUUCUAUUUUUACUAAUUGUUACGUUGGUCAACUAUUAACGGAUCAGGUAGCAAAUGUUAAUAUAUUAUUUGGUGUAAAAAUUUGACAUUAACAUUUUCAUGAGUAUUUCACAAAAUACACACUUAAUUAAUUAUGAUAGAGCUCCAAGUUUGGUUUAAUGGCAUCUACGAUGAAUUGGUAUCGUCUUCCGCAUAAAAGAACUCGUUCUUUAAUCCUGAUAAUGGCGAUUUCCAAUAUUCCAGCAAAAAUCUCUGCAGGAAAGUUGAUAGACAUGUCUCUACUAACGUUCAGUAAUGUAAGUGUUGAAGCUUAUCUUUAAUUUACUAGUAGUUAAAUUACACGUCUAUUUCGUCAUUUCUUAGAUCGUUAAAACGUCGGUGGCAUAUUUUAAUCUACUCCGAAAAUUCGUCUGAUUAUGAAAUCUGCAAAUGACACAACAACUAUACAGUGAUACAGUACUCAAAUAUUAAUUGUAAUUGUGUAAUUAAUUCCUAUAUUUGAAACAAAUGGAUAAGAUAAACAAUCAAUUUUUAUUUUAAUCUUAAUUUCAUAUUCUUAUUUUAAUUAUUCGAGUCAGUUCAAUUUAAUCCACGAUCCGUGUUCUAUGACCUGACACAAGGUAAAUCGUUUGUACUUUUGCUAAAGUACCUUUUCGUUCAAAUCGAUUCUGCCCUGUAAUUAUCUCCUAUCGGCAAAAAGUUAUGUGCACGCAAUUUAUCGUAUCAAACUUUUAAUUGCGCUGCGACAAAACCACUAUGAUGACACAAACGCAAGAGCGUGCAUAAUGUAAAUGCUGAUUUGUCAAACUUUUCAUUUACUUUCCUCCUCGCCAAUAAGUGAUCCAGAAAGAAUCGUUUUUUCCUCUUUUGUAUGCUAUUAUUGAAUGUAUAAUCCAAUUAGUGAGAUUCUCUUUUGGCUUUAGUGUUUAUCAGAUUUUAUAGAACACUCCAUCACUGCCGGUACCUGCAGUUUUAUAGCCACCUUAUUCGCGAUGGCCGCCUCCAAGUCUCAAUACAAAUCGAAUACUUAGUAUAUGGUGGGGAAGAUUUCUACAUAGAUGAUAACAUAGAUGAAAGGCUGGCGAUGAUCGUGCAACAGCACGUUCGAAUCUUACGGUAAGUUAAUCUCUGCCUCGCUGAGUAUCGUCGGUCUUGAAUUUUUCAUUAAAUCAUCUAUUAUAUAAUGUUUUCAUUAUCUUCCAGUUUUAUAUCACUAACGGACAAAGUACUGCGUGAAAUAUCUGUAGUGGAAAUUGUAGGAUGUACGUUAAACAUGUGUUUUCUUGGAUAUUGUACUCUUACGGUAUGCAUAUCGUACAAAAAGUACGUACAAUGCAAAGUGCAUCGCUAUAUCGAAGCAAUAUCGGAAAUCGCCGUAUACAAAUUACAACACACGUAUAAUGUUUUCGAAUACAGGAUUAUUUACGUUUCAGGAAUGGGAGAGUAAAGAGACUAAAAGUUAUGUAACAUGUGUUGUUCUAUUUAUAUCUCUUACGUUCAAUAUUUUUAUUAUAUCGGCAAUUAUAUUUUUGUUAUAUCAACGAAAAGUAAAAUUUUCAUAAUCAAAACAUCCACUUGCAUCUGCACAAAAAGAUAUUUUAUUGCUAAGUAGUUGUUCAAUUUUUUUCUUUUUUUAAGUAAGUUAUCUUUAAUAAAGAAUAUUUUCUUGGUAAUAAUAAUAAAAUAUAUACUCAUUAAAUUUUUAAAAGAUUUGUACUCAACCAAGUACUUAAACAAGAUUUAUAUCCUUUUGAAGAACAUUAGAAAAUUCAAAAAAAAAAAAAUAAAA